AUGAAAAGAAAAAAAAAAAAAUGUAAAUACAGAGACAACAGAUUAAGCAAAGAUCCGUCGAAGAGGUACUCCAUAUAUCAGAGUCCACCCCACGGCUAUUCAUUUCAAAUGUUUGAGCAGAAAAGUAACAACAUAUAUAGCAAUUGGGGUGCUGCCUCGUCCUUCAGUGCGAGAAGCAAUGAAUCGGGCAAACCUGCCGGUUUCUCCAAACCAGGAGCAGGGAAUUUCUUCCUCUUUAAAGAAUCAAAUACCGAAUUUAAAAAUGAAAGUCUGUCAUUGAAAAAGACCUUUAACCUUUUUGGAAAUUCAUCAGAUCUGAAAAAACAGAACCUGUGGAGUCAAAUCCAAGAUUCAUCAACAGGUGCACAGUCAUCGUUUAAACCAAGUGCUGGAAAUCAAGAAAAAUCACACAUUGAAAGCUCCGGCUUUGCAUCCGCAUUAUAUGGUGAUCGCAGAAGUGAUGGAAAGAUUGAUUCGUUGAAUAAAUCAAAUCUGUUUGGAAACAAUCCCCCACCAACUAAUCUCACAAUUCAUAGAAACAACGGAGUAGCAAGUUUUUCCAUUAAAGGCAGCGACACUUCAUUACUGGACUCCGUUGCUGUACCAUCUAGUAACAAUGCUCCCGCUCCACCCAAAUCUAGACUUGGAAAGUUAUUUAGCUACUUCAAGAGAGAUAAAAAAGCAAAGGAUAAAAUUCAAUCUGUUUUCAAGACACCCUACGUUACUCCAAAAACAUUGUCUAGCCCAUCAUACAAAGCAAUUGAUACUAGACGAAUUGGAAGUAUGAGGAGACUCGUACUCAAAUCUAAGCCAACAAAGUACCAUUUGAUUGAUGUGAACAAAGUAUUAAGCUCAAAGAGAGGAGUGGCUGUUCCGACAAACAUGUCUGCUACUAAGCUAUUGACUGAAGAACUGCCCCAGGAUAAUGAAAUGAAUGAUGCAGAUGAAGAAGUUGAAUAUAAGUCUUUUGCUGCGAAUGUUGUGGAACAAACCGCCAAAGAUGAAGGAAAAACCAGCAAUAAAGAUGCCAACGACAAGCAAGACGAAUAUAAAACCACGGUACAGAAAUAUAAUGGUUACUGGACGUAUCCUCCAAUAGACGAAAUCUCAGAAAUGAACCCCUCAAGUCUUGAAAAUGUACAUAAUUUCAUUAUUGGGAGAGUUGGAUAUGGACAAAUUGCAUACGACUAUCCUGUUAAUUUAACUAAUGUGGUUUCAGGUGCUGAAAGCAACGGACGUCUGCUAGCUGAGGAGCUUUUCGAUAAUAUUGUCACUGUAAAACAAUCAGCAGUGUUGGUUUACAAGAAUAUCGAAGAUAAACCCCCUUUGGGAAGCAAUUUAAAUGUUCCAGCAACAAUCACCCUCGAAGGUAUCAAACCGAAGCCAAGUGUAUCCAUGCAGGAUCACAUCAACUAUUUGAAACGUCAAAUUGGUAUGGAAUUUGUAACUUACGAUCCAAUUACUUACGUCUGGGUCUUCAAAGUUAAGCAUUUCAGUAUUUGGGGUUUGGUUGAUGAAGAUGAUGACGAUCAGAAAGAUUUGGUACUGUUAAAGAGAAAGCAGGACUUGAGGGAGGCUGAGGCAUUGGCUGAAUACUCUAAGGUCUACUCAGAUGGCAGCUUUGAUCAAGAAGUGAAGAAACAAAAGUUGAAUGAAUACACAAAAAUUUUUCCCGGUGAUUGGGGAUCCACCUUGCCACCUAACGAUAGCUUAUUGAAACUCAAGAGAUCACUCGUUACAGACGAAAUCGCUGAGGUGUUGAACCAGUAUAGGGAUUUUGAAGACGAUACCAUGGCUGGUAAAGUGAACAGCAUCACCAUAGAUUCCGAUUCCGAUUCCGAUGAGGUAGAGGAAAUUGAGGAGGUAAAGUUAAACGCCUACGAGCCCGUGAUUACUGAUGUUGCUGUUUUUAACGAUAUAAAAAAUAAAUCUACUUUUCCAACGACGGAUAACUGGUUACUACAAUUGGAGUUGGCGAACCAAUAUAAUUCAGCAAUGGCACCAAUGGCACCAGAGAAUAAUUUUUCAAAGGGUAAAUUGACUAUGAGCAAAGUUGAUGAAUUACUUUUCCCAAAUAGCGGGAAGGGGAACAAGUCUGCACUGAAAAAGAAAGGGCUGGAAUGGCCAAAGGUACCGUUAAAUGAUGUGUCUGCGGAUAUCAUUCAAAUCGUAUUUGAUAACUUAAUCAAUGAUUGUCAAUUCAAACAACUGGACAAUCUGAUGCCACAACUCGAAGCUGAAGGACUAAACUUUGCCAGGCUCAUUAACAAAACAGAGAAAACAGUAAGUAACCUACAGAUUGAAUUGGCAUCAAUUUUGUUUGACCAAAAUAAUGAUUCAGACAACGAUAGACUAAUCCUACUUGGUCAGUGGCUUCAAAAAUAUAACCAAGCACAAAUUGAAGAUCUACUUGAGGCGAAUCAAACAGAUGAUUUGUAUUGUGCUUUCCUUUAUUUAUGUGUGAACUUGAAGGAAAAAGCUAUUGAGAGAGCAUGGAAAUCAAAGAAUGAGCAUCUUGCUGUUAUUCUUUUUCAAGCCGAUUCGAAUGAUAUUUUUGUCAAAGAUUUGGCUGCGGAACAGAUCGAGACGUGGCAAAGACCACGUUGUAUAGAGUACAUUCCGAAGUCCCUCAUCAAGAUAUAUCAACUACUAGCAAGGCAAAUGGAUAAAGUGUCUGAAAAUUUGACAUGGAGUAUUGUAAUGGGUAUUUAUUUGUAUUAUGGAGACGCUGAGAGUAUAAAAGAUUUACUCAAUGAAUACAAAUUCAUUCUACCAGAAGGAGAUCCAACAGCAGACUUGUUGAGAUUAUAUUUGCGUGGUGUCAACUAUACUACCGUUCGGAGUUCCAAAUUAAGUAGUCCUCUAAAGUGGAUUUUCUGUCUUAUUUUGGCCGAUUUCAACUACGAUGAAGUAUCGACUGAUCUUGGAAAUUCAUUAGAGAAAGCUGAUUUGUGGAAAGAGGCUUUGGUGGUAUUUUCCUCUAUAGAGGAUGAUAAUACAAAAACAAAGUUGAUUAGAAAUUUGAUAAUCACCAAAACUGAGGAAGAGAAAAUCGAUGAACACGAUGAAAAGUACUUAACCACGGUUUUGAAAGUGCCUAGAUCGUUGCUACACGAGGCAAAGGCAUCGGAGAGGAAGAAUGCUGGUGAUUACUGGAGCGAAGUUAAUGCACUUAUUGAGGCAAAUUUUUGGAGCAAGGCCCAUGAGACAAUAGUCACUCAACUUGGUCCAGAAGUGGUAAUCACAAACUCACCAACUAAUGUUACCAAACUAAUGAAUGUCAUUAAUCAAUUUCCUCAACACGGGUCUAUCAUUUCAUCAUGGAACAAAGGUGCUGGUAUUUACCAAAAUUACUUUAAAUUAAUUGAAAAUACUGAAGACAGCGAAAUCAUCAUUUUUUUGAUGGAAUUUUUGCCCUUAACUAAACCGGAAUCAACUAAGCAGAAAUUGGCUAUCGUCACAAUAGCCAAAUUUGUGGGUGACUUGGCUUUAGAGAAUAAAAGGGUACCUGCAAAUCAAAGACAGCGGAUAUUACAAAUGCCCUUGGACAAGGUGGACAAAGCAUAUUUUGAAUUGAGGUUAUCUAGAGCUAAUUAG